CUGCUUUUAGGAAAGACCACUGCCCUUGGGUUUUCUUUCUCAAACCAUACAUGUGUGUAUUUGCAGUAUCAGCUGAUUAUUGGACCUUAAUAAGAACGUGCACGGACACUGACCACACAUUUUACGGAUGCAUUGAACAGCACAUCAAGGGAGAAUAAGAUUCAGGAAAACAGUGUGAUUUGUUGGCUCCUGACAAUAUGGGAAAUUAUGGAUCUAGAACUCAAAAAUAUGUGUGGUGGAUUGGAGCUGCUGCAGUGUGUCUGGGGCUGCUGAUUAUAAUCGUAUGCAUAGUGGCCCACAACUCCAGUGUUCUCAAUCAGAAGGACUUGAAGCGUGAACAGCUGAUCUCUAACCUGACUAUGGAAAGAAACACUAUGAGGGAUAAACUAGAACAAAUAAACAUGAAUUCCAGCAACCUGACAAAAGAGAUGGAGGUUCUGCUGAGCAAAUACAACGCUAUGGCUGUAAGUCAAGAUAAACUGCGAGAGGAGGUCAACAGAUUAAGGACCAACAAAACAAGUGAAACUUGCCACCAAGGAUGGAAACCAUUCAAAGACAAAUGCUACUAUUUCUCUGCUGCUGGACUCACUAAAACCUGGCAAGACAGCAGACAAGACUGUCAAAAGAUGGGAGCUGACCUGGCUAUAAUAACCACCCGGGAAGAGCUGGAUUUUUUCAGCAAAACUGAAGGCGUAAUAUGGAUCGGUCUGUCGGACAUGGUGCAAGAGGGCGUGUGGAGAUGGGUGAAUGGGAAUGAUAUGGUGAGUCCUAGAUUCUGGAAAAAAGGGGAGCCCAAUAAUCAUAAUGGAAACGAGGAUUGUGCUGAGUUGUCGCGAGCAGAAAAGACAUUUAAUGACGCCCCUUGUAAUAGACCAUUUUCAUGGGUUUGUGAGGUUUAAGAUCCUAUAUUCAGCUAUUUUUUUCUGUUCUCUCCCCUAUUCAUGUUUUUUUUAUUCAAUUAUGAUUACAACAACUUGAGAGAGACAUACUCAUAUUUGUACCCUUGUUGUGUUCAAAAUUCCAUCUAUGAAACAAAUGCGGGGAAAGAAGUUCCCUAAAUCUUCACAAUAUUGUAAUUUUGUUCCUCCCUUUUCAAUCAUUAGCCAUUUAAGCAAAAAUGUUCAAUGCAAUCUUGUAUCUUUUGAAUGUUUUCUUCCACUCCUAAAAUAAAAACAUGGAAAACAAAAA